CAGGCGGGGGAGCAGGAUUUAAAGAGACGUUCUAAUCCUCUAGAGCUCUCUUUCUGGCUGUCUGUCUGGUGAGAGUUCCCUUUACCUGUCGUUAUUUCUGUGAGGACACUUAGAGUUUCAGGAGAGGAAUCACAAUGCUGUCUCUUGACCAGCUCAUAUUGGAUCAUCCUAUGUACUCCAAAGAUGGAGAAUUGAGUGAGGUGUGGGUAUCUGGGGUUACCCCAGAUGGCCCUCCUUGGGGAAUGAGGACAUCCACAGAAACACCACAAGGCAAGACUAAUGGGUACAAUGAAAUGCAACAACACGAAAAUAUUAUAGAGAGCUAUGAAGAUCUCCAGAAGGUUCUAAUCAAUGCGGGUCUUCCGGAGACGGAAGAUAGGAGCAAGCAACCUCGUACAGGUCAUACCAUGGAUACCACAACAAUAUGCGUAUUUGGGGCUCCCAGUUUUGCUAUGUCUAUUCUGCUGGAGGGUGCGAGACAAUGUCCUGGAAAAAUACUACUUUGCCUCUCCACCUCUUGGUUCUGCCCAGCUCCACCUUCACCAGCCACCACAGUUCCUCUUUUCAUCAAGCAAGCUGUCACUUUUGACCUUGGGGGUCGCACUUACUUGGACACUUUUUCACCUCCAAGACGUGUCACUUACCUCUCUUGGCUGGGUGGACCUCAAUUCCUGAUGGGAGAGCAGUGGGACUGUCCAAUAGGAGGAUCUCCCCAACUUUCUCUCCUCCUUGCUAAUACCUUGGGUGUACGAAUCCUUUUGGAUACUAAGGGACUACCUCUGACUCCUUCCCUGCUUCUUAGUAAUUCUUACCAGUUAGGCUCUUGGGGAAAAUGUACUAUGAAGGCCAAAUCUACAAGGGUGGUAGAGCUUUGUCAAAAAGGCCAAGAAGAGACAAUUCGACAAGAGAUCUCUGCAUUUCUUUCCUCACUAAAAAUGAAGGGCUAUCAGAAGGUUGUUUUGAAGACCUUCUGGCCUUAUCCUGGACGAUCUCCAUCCACAAGUUUCUAUUCAUCUCAAGACACUCUUCAAGUGUCAAAUGUGGUAGUGGGGUUUUUUUCUGAGCUCCCACUAGGACAAGCAGUCCUGCUUGAGGGCUUUGUGAUGACCGUGCCCCCAUGUAGGAUCAAGCCAUCACCACCUCCAGCCUGUAUACCACGCUGCUCCGUGCGCCCCCCAGAGCUGACGAUCCGUCUCUGUGCCGUUGUCUGCCGAUCUCGCGGAGACCAGCCAAUCCUAAGCAAGGUGGUAUGUAUGGUUGGACGGGCAGAGAAGCCUCUCUGUCACCGAUUCACACUUCCACAGUCCUUGGAUACCACACUAGAGUUAUGGGGAGUGCUAAAUGAGACUCAGAAAAGAGAGAUAAUGGUCCAGAUCAAGGAUGCAGCAGAAAAAGCCAUGAAAGCAAUAAUGGAGGAAGAAAAAAAAAUGAAUGAUAAAGAAAGGGGAGGAAACAAAGUACAAACUGACAUACUCGGUGUUGAUAUGCUACUUACAUAUGUUGACUACAUGGUAUCACCAGUCAUUCUUGGUGUAACCACUGAUCUCUGUCUGGAAAGCUGUGGGAUCCAUGAAUCAGUGCUCGGAAGCCUGGCAGCUGGAAAAUCCACAUCUGUAGGCUCUGCAUCGGGACUUCUUAUCGAAACAAUGCUUAGACGUUCUAUGAUGUAUGUAAUGGAAGGAAAAGAGGUUUUGGUGAUCGGUGCUGGUGGCAUUAGCAAAAACUUCAUCUGGGAGGUUGCUCGGAAUUAUGGGAUCAAGAUACAUUUGGUGGACUCAAACCCAGGGCAUUUUGCCUCAUCACUUGUCACCUCCUUCAUCCAUUAUAAUUAUGAAGAUCGCUCUUGUGAUGAUGAGGAGCAUGCACAGAACAUCUUAUCUACAGUUAGGGAAAAGGGUCUACAUUUUUCGGGUUGUAUGACAUUUUGGGAUGAGUGUACUAUCCUUGCUGCCAUAAUGUGUCAAAUGUUGGGUCUAGCUGGGCCACCUCCAAAUGCUGUGAGACUUGCCAAGCGCAAGACUCAAACACAGUUGCGUCUCCUCAACAUGACAGCUCCAUCUCCACCAUUUCCAUAUGCUGGGGCAUUUGCUGUGCCUUGCUUUCCUCUAGGCCCUGGAACAGGGGGGGUAGAGGCAGCAGAGUCAGUUCUCUCUUACCCAUUGGUUUUAAAGCCAGAAUCGGGAGCAGGAGCUGUGGGUGUGCGAUUAAUCCAGGAUGCAGAGGAGUGCAGAAGGUUAGUUAAAAAAAUGGGGGUAGAACCUGAAUCUUGUAACCUUUUAAACAAUGAUGGGCACUCUACCAUAGAUGCAGGUGGAGUGUGUCAUAAAGAAGAAGUUUGUAAGCCAAGAAAUGUGGGGCGAUAUGAGCCAGAAGUUCCUGAGGUAGGACUAUCAAAUGGAGUAAGCAGUAUUGAUCCUACAGAACCAAUAAAAGCAGCAAUUCAGACACCUCCACCACUACUGGCAGAGUACAUCACAGGCUCUGAGCACGAUGUGGAUUUGGUCAUGGGUUUUAAUGGUCGUCUUUUGGCAGCUUAUGUAUCAGACAAUGGGCCAACUUUACUCCCUGGUUUUACUGAAACCGCAGCAGCACUUCCUUCCCGUCUUAGUCAAGAACGAUGCUGUCAUUUGGUUCAGGCUGCUUCACGCAGUUGUAGAGCACUAGGCCUGUACCCUGGGGUUUUCAAUGUGGAGCUCAAAAUGACAGAUUCUGGUCCACGGUUGCUGGAGAUUAACCCGCGAAUGGGUGGAUUUUAUUUGCGUGAUUGGAUUCAUCAUAUCUAUGGCACUGACCUAGUGCUUGUUGCCCUAGCACUGUCUUGCGGGCUGGAGCCUGGAUUGCCAGAAAAAGGUGCCCAGGAGAAUGGAGUUCUAGUUGGGGUUAUGUGCACUGGCGAAUCUCACGAGGAGGCUUUAAGAACCACUGCAAAUCCACAGAGGUUUUCUGAGCUGCAUAAUUCUGGAUACAUCAGAUUCAACCGUAUGGAGGGUAGUCCAGUGCAUAGACCAGAUCAGGAACCAUAUGGCAAUGUGGCAUGUCAGGGCAAGAGCCAGAAGGAGGCCAGAGAAAGACUUCUAGGGGUGUGUUCUGUGCUUGGGCUAGAUUCUCAAGGAUAUCCACUGCAUUAUCUGACAGGAGAGUUCCAAUAAGCUAUGUUAGAUAAUGAAAACUAUGUUUUCAAAGUGGAAGAGUGCAGGAUUGGUGGGAAUACAUAUAAUGGGAUCCUCUUUCCUUCUGUUAACAUAAUAUGGACCCAUUAUCCCUAUACAUUUAAAGUAGGCAUCCAUGCACACAUCAUCCUUGACACCCAGUGUGGUAAAGAGGUAUUUCCAUGUCAGUCAUUUAUGGCCAUAAAUAACAGACAGGUCUGGGCCUCACCUCUGGGACCUUUCCCCUUUGGGGAGAAUGGGGAUCCCCUUAUCAUUAUGUAUCAUUGUUUGUUCCACUGGCUACAAAGCAAAGUUGGUCAUAUGCCAUUUAGACUGUGAGAGUUACAGAAAGAGCUAAGCAGACAGCAGUCAACUCUUUGUAUAACUCUCAUAGACUUCAGUGGAGAGAGCGACCACUCAAUGAAAUCAAUGCAACUCAUGACUGCUUUAUAUUGGCAAGUAGAAUUCAUGGGACCCUCUUACUUCCAAAAGAUGGAGGUGCCAGAGGUGAGAUCUCCACCUAACAGAUAUUUAUAGCAUAUUUACUGGAUGGGGAAUCCCCUUUAAGGAUAUAAAAUCUAAGUACUGUAUAUUUGUAGGUAUCUUAAAGAACAUAAUACACAGAACAGAGUGUAAGUGUUCUUCCCACUAGUUGGAGAUUACAUUUCUGGGUAUUAUUUUACAUGUAUUAAAUGCAUUUGAUAUGUUUUAAGUAUGCAAUAAGGAAUGGGAUCAACAUGAUCUUGUACAGGCUUGCUAGGAUCAGGGUAAUUAGUAUAAAUACUGUAAGAGAAAUUAUAUUCAGUUUGUUAAUGAACAUUUUAGAGUAUUUGCCCUGUCAUAAGAAUGAACAACAUAAAGCUGUUUUCCACCUAUUCUUUUGCUCUAAUUCCAGAAAAACCCACCAUCAACAGAAUGGGGCGGACCUGUAGUAUCAUAUGUAAUGCAGUAAGUCUACUGUGUUAUGUGCCACUUGUGCAGGGGGUGGAAGACUAGGGGCCCACCAGGGGAUUCACCUGUAAUCCUGUAGGCCAGUCCGAGUCUGGCCACACAUGAGGAUGAUCUUCGAUAAACACAUGCUUUGUUAAAUCUGAAAUGCACUCUGUAGCCAUAUUCCAGAUGUCAGACCUCCACCCAUCCACUGAUAAGGAUAGGCCAUGCAUGUUUUUUUCCUGGAAAAUUCAUUUGAUGACAAAUUUUGUAAAAAAUAAAAAAAAUAUUUAAUCUCCAAAUGUACAAUAUAUUCUACAAACAAUAAAAGAUGGAUAU